AUAAGGUGGUUCUGAUUUUGCCAGCUGGAUGAUGGAGAUGGUUCAUCUAAAUCUUUUAUUCGGCAUAGGAAGCCCACACUAACUCCAAACCCCCCAAUAAAAUCACAGAAACCAAGAGAGUCAAACUUCUUAAAAUAUCGGUCCUAUCAAUCUACAAUUUUACAUAAAUGAUAACUUUCUUUAAAAUUAUUAUAGCAAAUACUUAUCACAUACAAUGCUGAUAAAUUAUAAUACAAUAAAGGAUCCUAACUUCUAUAAAUUCUCAACUUCUCAGCAGGAUUCCAUCCCAUCUCCUGCCACCACCCCUAAAGAAGAGGAAACUCCAGGUAGGUUUCCCUACUUCAAAAUUUCCAAAUCACUGCAUAACCUUUUAUGGACUCCAGAAAGCCCAGCAACAAGAUCACAGAGAUAGUAAGGCUCCAACAGGUGCUAAAGAAGUGGAAGAAGCUUGCAGUCGCACCAAAGAAGAGCGGCAAAAAGAGCAUCAAUUUUCUCAAGAGAACUGUCUCCUUCUCUGACACUUCAGCACCCUCCAGUGACAUCCCAAAAGGUUUCUUUGCAGUCUGCGUUGGAGAGGAGAUGAAGAGGUUCGUGAUCCCAACAGAAUACUUGAGUCAUCAGGCCUUUGGCCUUCUGCUUAAAGAAGCAGAGGAGGAGUUUGGGUUCCAACAGGAAGGUGUGCUUAGGAUCCCAUGCGAGGUGUCUGUAUUUGAAAGCAUACUGAAGGUGGUGAAGAAGAAGGAAGGGUUUUGCUGUUGCUCUUCGGAGGCUGAGUUGGCCCAGUGCCAUCACCCUCAGAAUUCACUGUGUAGAUGAUUAUUGGUAUAAGCUACUUUUCUCUUCAUUUUAGAAGGAAAAAAAGAAAAACUUGCGACUUUUCUUCCUUUUACUUUUGUGAAGAGAGUACAUGAGUUGUUUAAGGUGCAAUAAUAUGGAGAGUUUUGCAUAAGUAGCAGGAGAAGAGGGAAAUGUGAUCAAGGAUUAACUAACUUGAUUCCUCCAUGCUCAUUUUUGGGAACACUCAAAGUUGG